GGCGCCGUUCAGGAGCAUUUCGAUCGUCAAGAUCACACGCGUAUCGCAGAAUCCAUCCCGAGAGGCGUUGCUUCUCCCGCCACGGUGGUUCCAUGGCCGACGUUGCGGAUCCUGCUGAGCCGCUGCAACCUGGUCGAAGCUGUCAUUCCGGCCUUGAACAUCAUAGACGUGGCCAAGACGGACACCCUCGACUUGUGCCGUUGGCCGUUGCGGACCUGGUCGUGCGAGAGUUCUUCGGCGCCGGCCCCACCAGUCAGCCGCUGCUCGGACCCUUCAGCGCCAGCGACCUGGCGCCGCGGCUCCUACGGCGUUUCUUCGAGACGUUCGGGGACCGGCAGCAGGGCUUGGCACAGGAGAUGCGGCGCGCACACCACAGGCAAGCAGACACCGAGAAGUGCACUGACUGGAAGUCGUCGCACAGUGAUUUCGGCCGCACGUUUCACUUAGUUCAUGUGUCUCUGCCUUGUAUCCUCUAG